AAACUAGUGUGUGUGGUCACGAUUAACGACGCAAAAUAGUUCGUCAUGACCCGAAUGGCGUCGGAAUUUCUCUGGUGACGUGAAGCGGAUUAUCUUCACUACUAGAAGCUUUUAUUACCACUAAAGUUGCAAGUUUGCACGUUGGAGAGCCCGCACAACGCAUUGCAAGAAGUGCUUUUUUAAAAAUGUACUGUGCAGUUUGCAGCUGAGGUAUGUGAAAGAGAAUGAGAGCUAUUGGAUGCCUGCGUCUCCAUCAGUGCCAGCGUUUCUCCAUGAGUUCAGUGACGGUCUACGGCUGCUCCAAAUCAUUGCGCACGGCGCACCAACUGAAUAUAGACGCGCAAUCUCGGCUGUUCUCCAUCUGAGGGCAUUAAACUCAUUUUAUGAGCACCUUAGCAAUUAAAGCACUUGAUUUGACGCGUCUGGACAGGUGUGACUGUAAAUACCUCGGAUUUUCGGUGCGUUGGGCAGGAUUCAGCACCACGGCUGCGGACAGCUCCAGUUCCCCCGUGACGCGCGUCUGGAUGGCUGCUGCUCGCGUUUCUCUGUCGCUGCUCUGAUCCGCUCUGUUCGCGAUGGCAUCACACGGGUUUUGGUUUCUGGGUGCUGAAAACGCGACGGGAAACGGCAGUCAAAGCCCGAACACUCCCAGAGCAUGGUGUCAGGCGGCGGCCCAGAAAUUCACCGGAGGCAUCGGCUCCAAAUUAUGUGCUCUGUUAAAUGUCGGGGAGGCUGAGAAAACAGCUCAAGCCCAAGUUAAAGCAGAAGAUGGGUCUACAGUCGAGAGUUGCGGCUGUAAUAAACCCUGUAACUGCCCCAAAGCCACCGUGUGCUUCUCUGAUCUCUAUUCAACAGAUCUUUUACCUGCACUGGAUGGGGACGCGAAGACUAUGAAUUUUCUGCAGGAGGUUGUGGAUAUAUUGCUGGCUUAUAUAGUGGAAUCUUUUGACAGGUCAACGAAAGUGAUUGAUUUUCACUAUCCAAAUGAAUUGCUCCAAAGGAAUAAUUGGGAGCUUUCGGACGAACCCGAGACUCUGGAUGAUAUUCUGAUCAGCUGUCGCGCCACGCUAAAAUACGCCAUAAAAACUGCACACCCCAGGUAUUUCAAUCAGCUCUCCACUGGGUUAGACAUGGUUGGCUUGGCUGCCGAUUGGCUAACGUCCACUGCCAACACCAAUAUGUUCACCUAUGAGGUGGCUCCAGUUUUCGUGCUGUUGGAAUACGUCACGCUGAAGAAGAUGAGGGAGAUCAUUGGCUGGCAGGACGGCCGCGGUGAUGGAAUAUUCUCCCCGGGUGGCGCCAUUUCCAACAUGUAUGCCAUGCUUCUGGCUCGCUACAAAAUGUUCCCUGAGGUGAAGGAGAAAGGAAUGUCGUCUGUACCAAGACUGGUGGCCUUCACAUCUGAACAUAGCCAUUUUUCAAUCAAGAAAGGAGCAGCCGCACUUGGAAUUGGUACAGAAAGUGUCAUCUGUAUUAAAGCUGAUGAAAGGGGUAAGAUGAUUCCUUCCGACCUUGAGAGGAGGAUUAUUGAAGCCAAGCAGAAGGGAUACGUGCCGUUCUUUGUCAGCGCCACGGCCGGCACCACAGUUUAUGGUGCCUUUGAUCCUCUGAUGGCUAUAGCGGACAUCUGUAAGAAGCAUGAUGUCUGGAUGCAUGUGGAUGGAGCUUGGGGCGGAAGUUUGCUCAUGUCCCGGAAACAUCGAUGGAAGCUGAAUGGAGUCGAGAGGGCCAAUUCUAUGACCUGGAACCCUCAUAAAAUGAUGGCUGUGCCCUUGCAGUGCUCUGCUUUGCUGGUUCGAGAGGAGGGUCUGAUGCAGAGCUGCAAUCAGAUGCAGGCCUGUUAUCUGUUCCAGCAGGACAAGCACUAUGAUCUGUCCUAUGACACAGGGGACAAGGCCCUGCAGUGCGGCCGCCAUGUGGACAUAUUCAAACUAUGGCUAAUGUGGAGGGCUAAGGGCACUAUUGGAUUUGAGGCUCAGAUUGACAAAUGUUUGGAGCUUUCGGAAUAUCUCUACAACAAGAUCAAGGACAGGGAAGGAUAUGAGAUGGUGUUUGAUGGAAAGCCUCAGCAUACCAAUGUGUGUUUCUGGUACCUUCCACCGGGCGUACGCUACCUGGAGGACAAAGUGGAGAAAAUGAAGCGUCUGCACAAGGUUGCCCCUGUAAUCAAAGCCAGAAUGAUGGAGUACGGAACGACCAUGGUGAGCUAUCAGCCACAGGGAGAUAAGGUCAACUUCUUCCGUAUGGUCAUCUCGAACCCAGCUGCUACCUUUGAAGACAUUGACUUCCUCAUUGAAGAGAUUGAGCGACUGGGACAGGAUCUUUAAAAACUUACAACACCAAAACCUGUUAUACACUUAUUGUGUCCCUGGAUGGAUCGAAUAUUUGUUGUGAAUGUAACGGUAAAUCUUUGAUUCCUCUUCUCCAAAGUCAUAUAAAGAUUUUAAAAAAAGACAAUAUGAAAAUAUCUAGAGUUUAGUAUUGUAGCGUUGUUGUGGGCUUCAUGGUCCAAAGCCCUGUAAAAGUGUUACCGUCUGCUUUUACUGUCUAUCUUAGUGUCUUUGACAUGACUUUGUUUGUUUACACGUGUUUAUUGAGAAUAUGAAGAGUUAUUUGCUUCUAUUCAGUGCAGGUCCUAAGUUUGAACAGUUAUUCAAAGUGCCAGAUUACAGAUGAUAUUAUAAUAGUAGAGACACAUAUUAACCAAAACCACUUCAUCGUAUCUAAAGCUUUUGUAUUCACAUACAAUGUACAACUUUUAUUGAUUUAACAAGAUACAGAAACAUAGGAAGAGUUUUUUAAAACAGUUUUGCCCAACUGUAUUAAGUGUGGACGUGAAGUUCGUACAUAGUUGAAACAAAUUAACGUAAGCGCAAAAACAAGCACAAAUAUAAUGUUGCGCUCUAAAAUGAUAUUGAUCUAUACAGUAGCAUAUCAUGUGCUACUGUACUUCUGAAAUUUGACAAUUAUAAUAAAGAAUGAGAUUAAAUUAAGGAUACUUGAUGAAUCCUGUUUGCAGGAUAAAAUGCUCUUUAAAAUGGGAAUUUCCCUUCCCCCUAAUAACAUGUGCAAUUAUAUAACAAUAUUCUUUAUUCGGAAAUUCAGAAUUUCCAACUUAAUACUUGGAAAAGUGCAAUAGAGCGACAUUUGGUGGUUGGUCUUUGAAACUCUUUAGGGAAAAACAGAGUAGGUUUAGGUCAAAUCUAAAAAGAAAUCAAAUAUUCCUUCUUUCAACAAUGUCCCCUAGAAAGAAACAAUAGCACAUCCAAACUAUAUACUGUAUUAAAAAAACAUGGGUUUAAAUGACAAAUUUAGUCUAUAUAUGUAGUAAAACACUUUCCAACAUUAUAGCAAUAGAUUUUUAAUUUACCGACCCAUUCAUGUACUUAUUUAGCUUUCUUAUACAAAACGAUAGAUAUUUCAGGGUAUUAACAGAGCUAAAUUUAAUGUUAUAUAUAAACUCCAAAAGGAAAAUAACACAUGAGCAUAAUUAGGGUUCUGCCCUAUGAUAGUAUGUAAAUAGACUUUUAAGAUGUUCUUGAUCAAGUACAUAUCUAUGUGAAUACAUCACUGUAUUGUAUAUAAGGCAGAGUCUAUUUGUGUGGUAAAUAAUAUUAUUUUCUCUAUUCAACAAAUAUUUAAUCUUAAAUGGUAGAUACAUUCUGCUUGUGUGUGCGUGUGUCAGAUGUGUUGAAUAUGAUGACUUAUGUAACCGCAAAGAUGAAGGAUCUGGCUUUAAAUCCACUUGAAGCCUCUGCAUUUUAACGUACUAACUCGAAAUGAUUAUUAUAGCAAAUUUCGGUGGUUAUGAGAGCCAUUUCUGAACCAAUGCUGGUUGUGUUUGUGCCCAAGUGAUAAACUUGACAUCCUGUGCCGAUUUGUAUUUUUGUGUGUUUGUAACUGUAUUGCCUUAGUAUUAAUUGCCAGUAUUGUCUAGUUCUCCUAAGAGGAGCUCGUGCACUUUAGCUUAUAUGUAUGAUGAUCUGUCCAAUGGAUGUUCUUAGUUUGAUGUUUUAAGAAACUGAGCGUUGUCUGAAUGUGUCCCAGCUUUGACGUCCAUUUGAGAUGAGAGUUGCUUAUAGCUGAGAUCCUUUGUAGUUUUGCUAAUGCUACGUUACUGCCUGCAUCCUUACAGAACGUAAUAGUCAACCCUGCUGAAAAACACAACUGAACCCUGCCGAAUUCGGUCUUAGUUGGUCUCCCAGACUGGGGUGCGUUUUCCAAAAGCAUCUUAGUUUGAACAUAGUUUGUUGGUACCAACAGUUUGGUGUUUCCCAAAUCCAUAUUUCCAACAAACAUUUGCAUCACAAAACUGUGUGAUCGAAACUACAGCUCUUAACCUGUGCAGUAGUAUAGUACAAUCUAUAGCUUUCAUUCCAUACAUACACAAAUUUCAUUCUACGUCUUUUUUUUUUGCAUACAUGCUUUCGUAUUAUGUAGAGAAACGUACGUGCAAAAGUAGCGAAGCAAUCCUUACAUGGCGUAUGCAUUAUUUACAGCAAUAAUGACAUUAAUUUGAUUUUAAACUGAUUAAUUACCAUAAACCUGCUUGACAUCAUUUACGACAGUUCUAAACCAAUGUGGUUCAAAAACAAAUGUGCUAUAACGUUUCUAUUUUUUCGUAAAACAGUCAUGGCUAGCUAGUUUCUACAACGGUUCAUCAUAUUAAGGUGGUUAAGCAGUGCGUUAUGUCAUUAUAUGGGAAACGCAUCCCUGGUCAGACUUGAAGACCAACUUAAACCAGCUAAUCUGGCUAGUUAUGAAAAUUAAUGCUGCCUUCACAUGCUCUCAGAAACUUCAUACUUCCCACUUGUGAAGUUAUAAUUACGACUUCAUCGUGUUUAGGUGCUUUGUUGUUGGAAAGAACAGGAAUCAUUCAUGAGUUCAUUCUUGCCAGUUUCUUUUGGAAAUCUUAUUAUAGCCAAAAUGUAUAGGAGGUAUUUAGUCAACAUCAAACAAGUUUUGAAUGGGAAUGUAGCAUUCCAUUUUUUGGUAACCGUAUAACCAUACGUACAUUCACUGCACUACAUAUUCAGCUAGCUGACGAUUCCUUAAUUUUGGUCAACUGAAUGGUAUUUUUGCUUUGCUCAGUACAUACAAAAUGCACAAAAUGGUUAUUUAUGUACACAGAUAUACAUGACAAAUAUCUCUCCUCCACCAUUUUUAAAAUUUUAUGGCCCGCCCAACUUGGAAACUGGGGUAUCAAAAUUAUCUCAGAGUUGUAAAUAUGACUUCAGAGGCCAUUCAUGUCCAAUGUCCGGUUUGGAAACACGUAUUAACAAUAAUUCCGUUAGCAUGUGACGCAGCAUAAACAUGGCUAAUUUUCAUAAGGGUAAAGCUGCUUUUUCAGCGUGGAAGGAAUGCUAAGUUUGUAAUUUUCGAGAUACAAGUGUUCUUUCUGUCCCUUUUUCAGGAUCGACAAGCUGUGUCACAUAGUUUGUGUAUUUUAAGCUUUGUAAUCAUGACAAACGCAUCGACAUCCUCACCGUGGUAGUCUUGGAACGCCCACCGUGCUGUCUUUCCCUGUUGCUGCUACAAACCUGCUCUCUUUGCACGUGCAUGAACGCCUUGCCUUCCGAGCUUGUGAAAUACAAUCCCAGAUAUUCACAUAUAUAUAUAUGUAUAUUUAGUGCAACCUGGUGUUAGUUUUAGUGGCAAUAUGGAUAGCUUAGCUUCAAAUAUAUAUAGUUCACUGUCGCUAGCUUGCUCACUCUGUGUUAGCAUUAUCCAACGUAUUUAUCUGCUAAGCAAGCAUGUUCUGUGUGGCUAGAAGUUGUAUGCUUUCGCGACCGUAUAUCUCUAUCUUUCUCUCUGUCUUUCGCUUUGGUUGUUUUCCGCAGCUUUAAUAUUAGCGUGUGUAGUUCCUUGGCAUGCCUCUAUAUAAGCAUAUUCAAAGUCUCGAUGUCUCUCUAUCGCACUCUUUUCUUCCUGUGUCUCUCUUUCUCUUGCUUUGCCCUGUAGCAGCUCUCAGACCUUUAAGAGCAGUGUUUCGCCUGCUGUUUCACGGCUACCCAUCAUGUCCAUCAGUUUGUCAUAUGAGGAACUCAUGUGUUGUCAUGAACCUGACCGAACAGGGUAACACCAUGUGACUGGGUGAAUUCAUGUUUUUUCUUUCUCACCCAACAUUGCUUGAAAGUAAACUGACUGUCUGUGGAACUGACGUUCAGAUGAAAGUUACCAACAAAUAGUGUGUUGAAAUUAUAUAGAGAGAGGCAGAUAACAGACCCUGCUGAAAUGUGUUUUACUUUCAUGGGAAACACCAAUAAAUGUUACUGCCAAACAA